AUGAACCCCUUGACGAGGGCCGAGGGCGACGACGUCAACAGCCCCAUCGACCCCGCCUACCCGGGGCGCUACUACGUCAACCCCCCGUGCCACGUCACGGAGCACCCGGAGGCCCUGCCCGACGGGGCGCAGGAGGGGUACGUGAUCAACAUGCAGUACCAGCUCCCGGAGGGACUGACGUGCGACCACUGCGUUCUUCAGAUGGUUCACUACACCGGCAACACCUGCAAGCACGUGGGUUACGACGACUUCGAGCCCGAGUCUUGGCCCAGCCAGUGCGCCCCGACCAAGGCGGAGUGGAUCAACACCGACCACUGGAUGUGCGGUAUGGCCGGCGCCUACCCGGAAGAGCACUGGUCUUGCUCCGACAUCUCGAUCACGACCGACGGCCCCACCGAAGAAUCUCCGUCUCCCGUAGAACCCGACACCCCCCCUCCCGUGUCGACGGCCACCCCAGCCGCGACCCCCGCGCCGACAGAGGCCCUGGUUGCUAACGAGGGCGGCGGCGACGGCUUUUCGUUCUCCUACUCGUACGACUACGACGAAUCCGACGACGGGGGCUACGACUACGACGAAGUCUGUCUCACAUGCGAGCGGGCCUCGCUGUACAUGACCCCCGCUGACUGGGCGACCCUCGAGGACGAAGGCCUGGAGCUGGUCUGCGACCCGGACUGCCUGAUGGACGAAGCCCUCGAAGGCUGCGCGGCCUUCGGGCUGGGCACGGCGUGCCGCACCAUACCGUUGGUGGUCGAGCCGGUUUUCCCGGGCACGCCCGCCCCCGUGGGCGAGGCGUGCGCCAAGUUCAACGAGCAGUGCGGUGGGCAGCACUACACUGGCACCACUUGCUGCGAAGCCGGCCUAACCUGCAAGCACUGGACUGACUACUGGUCCAGCUGCCGGUACUAACAAGCCGGAGUUCGGACGCCCCUGUCCCCCAGAGCUAUUCUCGGCGUUUGAUUUUUCGGGGCGACGAGCACGGCUUCGGCGGUAUCGUACCGCCUCCCCGAUAGCAAACGCCAGUGAUAGGGCGGUGUUGAUGUGGCCUCAGCACGGAGGGACUGCAACGCGCGGUUGUUGCUCCAGCGAGGUGGCGAUCAAGAGGUUCCCAUGACAAGGAUGAUAUAUUUGCUCAAGCUAUAAAUAGGAAACAAUACGGCUUCGAGCCACGAUGUCUCCUGCUGGCCGUACCGAGCGGGGCCAAUGCCAAAAAACUCUGCUACUACAUAUGGAAGCUUGGUCGAACUCCAGAUGGCAAGCACCAAGGUCGACAACGCCACUGUUCGACCGUUCGGACGAGAGGCUGCGCCGGGUUUGCGUGUGCUGUAUGCGUUACAUAGUAUCCCAACGAAUGAUUGGAUCCUGGAAGAGUCAGGCUUACGUAGACUAGACACCACGAGUUUGAUUUGUCUUUUUUCAUUUCAUGUUGGCGCCUGACAGCACAAGCCGCGCAUAAUGCCGUUCGAGCAUUCUUGAUUCACACACCGCCACCAAACACAGACGAGCAUCACCUCUCCCGCCGCCAUUUCGUUUGCCCACUCCCCUUUCUUCCAAGGCACCCGUCCCCGAUGUAUUGUAUUUCUUGGUGGUCUUCUUGUUCUGUUUUUUUCCGGUUAUAGUCAUGUCUGCUGGUUGUCAAUUUGAAAGGUGGCUGUCGUAACUCUGUUUGUUCCGACUAGGGUGAACCUGGUCGUUACGCACGUACACCGUAAGCACGGAAGUAGUAGUGGUGCGGGGGACAAUGGUUUGUUUUGAAGUGGAACG